CGAAUGGGGGCGAUUUUGAGAAGAUCAACCAAAUGGUCAACACGCAUGUGCACGUGGUCAUCCCGCCGUCGCGCCAGGACAACCAGCAGCAACAGCAACACUCGCCGUCGUCUGUGAAGGCUGCAAGUGUCCAUCCCGCAACCGAUGCCUUGCCAGAGGACGACAGCCAUGCCGCCAUGCAUGGAGCCACGUUCACAGCUUCGCAGUCCAAGCUUCCAAAGCUAUUCGACAGCAACAACCACAACUUCGGCGAUGACGAUCUGAUGGGCGAUGCAUCAGUGUGCACUCCGUCGCAAGUGCAAUUACCAGGGGAUAUGGUGCGAGCCAUCUUAGGCUUUGUCGAUGGCGCGAGCCUUGUGGCUUGUACCAGUGUCUGCACAACUUGGAACGUCCAAACCCAAGGGCGAGAACUAUGGAAAACCGCUUGUCUUAGAAAGUGGCCAAGUUUGCACCAUCAGCUGUUGCCGCAGCUCCCUGGCGCCCCCGACUACGACAUCAUUCGGCUCUACGGGGGUAGCUGGAAGUCAUGCUUCUUGCAAAACCACAAGAAAUGCCAAACGGCCGAAUGCGAGGUUCUAAUCCCUCACUUUAAGGCCACGGGGUACCAAGGUCCCGAUCGCAUCGUGUCGGACACAUUCUGCAUCGACGGCCAUUCCUUCUGCCUCUGGAUCUUUCCACGUGGCAAUCCCAACGAAGCCGAGUACUUUGACCGCGCGUUGUCCGUGUAUCUGGUGCUCACAGACCUGGAGACCCGGCCAGAGUCUUGGCUCACUUGCGCCGUGUUUACAUUGCGCGUCGUCCACCCCACCGAUCCGUCCAAAACCAUAGAGUGGCACUCGUCCCUGAACGACAACAAGUUCGACCAGGCGCUGUACAAUUGGGGCGUGCAUUCACUAGGGGACCUGACAUCGUUCCAACCGAGCGGGUUCGUCUUCCCCGACCGGUCGCUGCAUGUAGCCGCCCGCGUCCGCGUCAUGGCCAUGACUAUUCGCGUGCAUUUGGAAGCCGGGUUCCUUUCCCAUCAAGGCCUCGGACUCGGACCUCCCAUGCUCACGCUGGACGUGCCGUUCUGCGCCACCCUGGCCGAUCUCAUGGCGGCGCUCGCGGGGGCGUUGCCGCUCUUGGACCUGCGGGAGUGCCGCGUGUGGAGCUUCAGCCACGCCGCUGUGACGGGGCAAGCCAAGCGCCCUCGGAAGUGCCUGUCGACGCUGGCGGCGGCGACAAUGCCGUUGUUCGGCAACUUGCUGUGCGACGGCACCGACAUCGACGCGUACUCGACCGCCGAUGUGUUUGUCGACCCAGCGGGCUUGGACUCGUUUGUUUUUUUAAAGGUGCUCGAGCGUAGUGGUGUGCUGCGGUUCGUCGGCCGGCUGCAACUGUCUGCGUACCCGACGCCGCACGACAUGGUGGCCUACAUGGCCACGGCAUUUCCCCGUGUCGCAGGCUGGCGGUACGUGCGGGAAGAGUGCGCGCCGCAGCUGAUGAGCCCCCUGUCGCCGUCGGACCGACUGCAGCCGUCCGAUGUUGUCAUCUUCGUGGCGGCUACUAAUACUCCUUCCAAUGAUGACGCCGACCACUGGAUGACACAUGUGCGUCAUGGCUUGAAUCAAUACCUCGAACGCAGGUAUGACCAUGCGCGCUCAUUACUCGCAAAUGAACUGCAUCACAUGACCCUCCAUGACGUGGAAACCAUCGGGGACAUGCUGGACGUGCCGCGAUUCCGCGUCCACAGCGUCUUUGCCAAGUGCCGCGAAGACGCGCGCCGCACCCUCAGUUAUAUCAUGGAGGGUCGCCACCUGGGCUUCAUAUGCGAUUCGUGCGGGGAAACUGACUUUGGCGGCGCCAGGUACAACUGCACCGUGUGCAGCGACUACGACCUGUGCCACCGGUGCUACGAUCGGUCGUACGAGGUACGCCAUCGCUACGCCAACGUCGAUGGCAAGUGGACUCGCGUGCUGAAUUUCGAUCAACAUAAGGCCGCCACACAUGCUAUGGACUGCAUCCUCCCGGUGUUUUACACCCCAUAGACGCAAUUGUUUGUUGUACUAACUUAGUAGUAGUAAAUCAUAUGAAGUAUGUCAAACCAAUAAAUAUUAAUAGUAUUGGUUGGCAUACUACUGAGUCCA